UUAGCCUGAAAAGAAAGUUUUUGAAAAAUUUUCAAAUAGACUUUGUUCCAUGCCUACUGCAUUGUAUCCAAAGGAACAUUCAAAAGCAACCUAAAAAAAGAGGUCUAAUCCGCAUGUGUAUAUAAACCCGGUUGAGAUGAGGCUGAGUAUCUAGUGACUAGUGUGUGAUCAAAUUCCAAUAUUCACACCCGCUUCUCUUUGCUUUUUGUCUCCAAUGAUGCAUGGUAAUUCCAAGAGGCAAGGGUGGCAAGUCCCUGCUUUCGGGAGCUGGGAUAGCUACGAAGGCGUUCCUUUCACUCAGUGCUUUGACUCGGCGAGACGGGCCGAGUCGCUACGUUAUGAGUACUGCAACGAGGAUCGUGAUUUAUACGUGGAUGAUGGUCUUUACGAGAGUGAUGAAGUAGCACCUGCUGUGAUCGUUGUUCCUCGCCGAAGGCAGACAGAAGUUCACGACCCUCAUGCCGAAAUAGUAAAAGAAAAGCGAUGGCCGAACGACCUUGAAGGGUCUCCGAUCCCAGGAUUUCACUUCAGGGCGAGGCCGAAACCCGUUGAUGAAGACCUGUACAAAGUCCCGGCCGAACUGCUUCAUGUCAAACCUAGGAAGAAAAGAGGGUCGGCCUUCUUUUCCAGCUGCUUGAUUCCAGCCUGUGCCUUGUGCUAGAGAAGCUUACAACGAUGAAUUCUAUAGAAUGCUUGUGCUAUGUAUAUCUUUUCGUGCACUUCUAUGGGAAAUCAAGCCGUGUAAUUUCUUUGGGUGCAAGAAGUCAAGCUUUUUUGUGUUGGAA